GUCUACUCGUUUGCUGAACUUAAACACAAAUGUCUCUUGAGUACCCAAAAGGCAUGUAACCGGCUUGUAAACCAAAUCAAAGCCACAUUUAGUCAGAUGAGGCUAUAACAUCUACUCAGAGUUGGGUACAAAGCAUUUAGUUGGAUGUAAACUCCGCAAAACCGAAGUAGGAACUACUACAUAACAUGUGGAGGAAAUCCCCCUGGAACUCAACUUUAACACAGUGGUUGUCACUGUAAUAAGGAAGUUGAUCCUCUGAGUUGUAUAUAAGGACAUCACGCAUGUUUCGAAUCAGCAGUCAGUGAUAAACACCGAAAAGAGUCACCAUGACGCUGUCGUCUGUCAUCAAAGGUAAACCCUCCUUACUGAUGCCAGCACACUUCAUUCAGUGGUUUAUUGUAAACAAGUCAUUUCCCUCCACAGCUUUGGGGUCUUUAAGUCUAUUGGUGGCAGAUGCCGCUCCAGCAGUGUCUGAAUAUUCAGCGCCAGUCAUCAUUGGACCUGACUGUAUGCAAAUCAAGGCACAACCAGGGCAUCCAUUGGUUCUCCAUUGUCAAGCUCUGACCAACUAUGGCCAAGAUGUGACGCUCCUCUACUGGCUCAUCAAUGGCUCAUUCCCUGAAGACGUUCCCAGCAAUGAUAGAAUAACUGAGUUAGAGACAUUCACCUUAGAGGAUGGUGCGAUUCAGCUCGGGAGUUUGCUGCUGAAGAACGUCACCUUAGAGGACCUCAAUGCCACUUUCACCUGUGUGGUGAUCAAUAGUGCUGGAAUGGUGCAUAAGAAUGUAACACUAACAGCAAAAGGUUAUGCGUGGGGGAAAAAAAUGGAAAGUAACAUCAGGCGAAACACCGAGACGACUUAAAGUUAGGCUAGCGCAGUUAGAAUAUUUAAUGAGAAUGUAAAAUGUCUCAUUUUUAGAUGGUACGGUAUCUACUGUAUACAUGCCUUUGCAUCGUACUGUAUUUUGCUAUUUACUCCAGCAGGGGGCAGAGUAUUACUAGAAAGGGGUGGAGCCCAGCUUGUUUUAUUUUAGAAACCAGAGUUGCCUACUCUAUGAUAGUAAUUGAUUCAGACUUCUGUCUCAUUUAUACCUCGUAAAGAUGAGAGCCUUUUCAUCGAUUUUUUUUUAUUUGUUGUUGGUGUUGUUGUCCCUUGUCAUGGAACUGAAGCUGAGAGUGGGUUGGGCGAUGGUCUAUGACUCUGCUGUGUAAUGCCUGCAAUGAAAUGUGCAAUCCAAUCCAGUAACGAUUAAAUUCUUUUUGACGUGAAGUACAA